CAGAAGGCCAAUUUCUCUUCGAUGGUUGUUCCCAUCGAUUCACCUUCAGGAAUUUGAAUUCCUUCCCCAUCCAGCAUUGUUCGAUUUCCGGUGGUCGCCGGAGGGCACAGCGAUGUGCGGGAUCUUCGCGUAUCUGAAUUUCUACGUCAGCAGAGAGAGGCGCUACAUUUUGGAAGUCCUCUUCAAUGGCCUCCGUCGCUUGGAGUACAGAGGCUAUGAUUCCGCCGGGAUUUCUAUCGAUUCGUCGUUCACCGCAGUCUCGGAUUCCAGCCUUGGUCCACCUCUUCUCGUGUUUCGCCAGGAGGGGAACAUCGAUUCCCUCGUGAAAUCUGUUUACCAGAAGGUUGAUGAGACUAGCUUAAAUUUGGAAGAGUCCUUCUUGGUGCAUGCUGGAAUAGCACACACUCGUUGGGCAACACAUGGGGAACCGGCGCCAAGGAAUAGUCAUCCUCAGACCUCUGAUGCGGAACACCAGUUCUUGGUUGUUCAUAAUGGAGUGAUCACCAAUUAUGAGGUGUUAAAAGAAACACUAGUUCGGCAUGGAUUCACCUUUGAAUCUGAAACUGAUACAGAAGUCAUUCCAAAGCUUGCACAGUUUGUCUUUGAUAAUGCUAAUGAAGAAGAUCAGAGUGCCAACUAUUCAGCUUUUGGUGUAGGUGACAAGGGUGUGACGUUUAGCCAAGUUGUGUUAGAAGUAAUGAGGCAACUGGAAGGAGCAUAUGCCCUCAUUUUCAAAAGCCGACAUUAUCCUAAUGAAUUGAUUGCAUGCAAACGUGGCAGUCCAUUGCUCCUUGGUGUAAAAGAGUCAGUCGAAACGGAGCAAAGACCAUCCUUCAAUGACUCAACCUUACCUUUGAGCAACGGGCAACCAAAAGAAUUUUUUUUGUCAAGUGACGCUAGUGCUCUAGUGGAACACACAAAGAAGGUCUUGGUGAUUGAGGAUGAUGAGGUUGUUCAUCUCAAGGAUGGUGGUGCAUCUAUUUUCAAGUUUGAUCGUUCCAAAGGCAGGUGCAAUGGAACAUUAACAAGGCCCCCAUCUGUACAACGUGCACUGUCUGUUCUGGAAAUGGAGGUCGAACAAAUAAAUAAAGGAAAGUACAAACAUUACAUGCAGAAAGAAAUUCACGAGCAACCAGAAUCUCUUAAAACAACAAUGCGAGGUCGGCUUAUAAGUGGAAGAUCAUUUAAAGCCAAGAGUGUCCUCUUGGGAGGUAUAAAAGCUCAUCUGAAAACCAUUAGGAGAAGUAGGCGGAUAGUUUUCAUUGGCUGCGGGACAAGCUAUAACGCAGCUUUGGCUGCUAGGCCCAUUCUAGAAGAACUUUCUGGAAUCCCAGUGACAAUGGAAAUUGCUAGUGAUCUAUUGGAUAGGGAAGGUCCUAUUUACCGCGAAGACACUGCAGUUUUUGUUAGUCAGUCUGGAGAAACAGCCGAUACUUUGCAGGCUUUACAUUAUGCAUUAGAAAAUGGCGCAUUAUGCGUAGGCAUCACAAACACUGUUGGCAGUGCCAUUGCUAGGAAUACACACUGCGGUGUUCAUAUUAACGCUGGCUGCGAGAUAGGUGUCGCUAGCACCAAGGCUUAUACAAGCCAAAUUGUUGUCAUGGCUAUGUUGGCCCUUGCAAUUGGAGACGACACAAUUUCUAGUCAGGCAAGACGGGAUGCUAUCAUAGAUGGUCUAUGCGCUUUGCCAAGUAAGGUGAAAGAGGUACUUAAGCUGGACGAGGAAAUGAAAGAUCUAGCCAAGUUACUGAUAGCCGAACAGUCAUUACUCGUGUUUGGAAGAGGAUACAACUACGCAACAGCCUUGGAAGGUGCUUUGAAGGUAAAAGAAGUGUCCCUUAUGCACAGUGAAGGAAUACUUGCUGGUGAGAUGAAGCAUGGUCCCUUGGCAUUAGUCGACGAAACUCUUCCAAUUGUUGUCAUCGCCACCCGGGAUGGUUGUUUCAGCAAGCAGCAAUCCGUCAUUCAGCAACUACAUGCCAGGAAAGGGCGGCUCAUAGUAAUGUGUACUGAAGGCGAUGCAGCAUCUGUGUGUGUCGGGGGAUCCAGCCGAGUAGUCGAAGUUCCUCGUGUGGAGGACUGCCUGCAACCUGUAAUCAACGCCGUUCCUCUACAGCUUCUGGCGUAUCAUCUGACAGUCCUCCGAGGAUACAACGUGGAUCAGCCUAGAAAUCUUGCAAAAAGCGUGACUACUCAGUGAGAAAUUCGAUCCAUGCAUGUUAAUCUGCACUAUUAGUAUUGUCUGCUUUGGUGCUUCUAACUUUACCUGGAGCUUAUUCUCAUUCACCUGACCUGACCCGAACCGACCAAACCAUUAAUCUAUCUAACUUUCACAAUGUAAAAUGUGUCGAUCCACAGCUGUCUUGUCCAGACUCCAGACAGCGUUUGUUUUUAUAUUGAGCUUGGAUGUCUAGACAUUAACAAGCUGUCUUAACUGAUCCUGUAUAAACUAAAAUUAUCUAUUGCCUAGAAUUGGAAUGAUAUAUUUUGCGUAUUUAUCAGUGAA